AUGUACGUUCCAAUGUCACCUCCGCCUGUGUUGACUUCAAAUACUACAAAUAAUUCGACUUCAUUGAAUGUUGGAGAUAAUCCAUCGUCACAAUCGAUCUUCGAUCGACAUAGUGCUGCAGCGAAACGCUACAAAUACCUUCGACGUUUGUUAAAAUUUCGACAAAUGGAUUUUGAAUUUGCUAUCUGGCAGAUCAUUCAUUUGUUCAUAGCACCACAAAAGGUCUUUCGCGCAUUUCAAUAUCGAAAACAAACAAAGAAUCAAUGGGCAAGAGAUGAUCCAGCAUUUCUCGUUCUUCUCAUGGUUUUCCUUGUUGUUUCAUCGAUUAUUAUUGGACUUGUGCUUGGAAUGGGAUUUUUCGGUAUUAUCAAACUUGUACUUUGGGUAGUUUUAGUCGAUUGUGUAUUAGUUGGACUUCUAAUAUCGACGAUCUAUUGGUAUAUUGCCAAUCGAUAUUUGAUUGCAAAUCCGAAAUCUAAUCUCGAUGUUGAAUGGGCAUACUGUUUUGAUGUUCAUCUCAAUGCUGUCUUACCUCUACUUACUAUUUUACAUAUUGGUCAACUACCUUUUCUUAACUCAUUUGCGGUGAAUACUGGAUUCUUCUAUUGUCUGUUUGGUAAUACUGUAUGGGCUAUUGCUACUGGCUAUUACGUUUAUAUAUUAUUUCUUGGCUUUAGUGCACUUCCAUUUCUUCGCAAUGUCCAUGUGCUUUUGUACCCCUUGACGGGUCUUCUUCUCGUUUAUAUUCUUUCAAUUCUUGUACAAUGGAAUUUCACUCAAAUGAUCGUUACAUUUUACGAAUAUCGUCGGUUAGCACUUUGGACUUUGAAUCCAGCGACCCCAGUUCAAAUCUGGAAAAAUCAACACAGAAAUAAGUGUUUUUCAUCGAUUUACCCGUUGAAAUUUUCAUCUGUCCUGUUCGAAUUUUCCUCGUAA